AUGGGCGGCGGGGGCUCGAAACAAGCAACUCCCGUCCCUCAAAAGGACCCGGUGGCGGCAGAUGGGUCGCAACCUCCGCCCAUCGUCGACUACAGCAUCGUGCCACGUCACGUCUUUCCCCUAUGGCCCGCCAACACGACCCUUGACAUCAGCAUGUACAUUUCGCCCAGCCUCGCCAUGCCUCCAUUCAGCAAGAUGCCGGCGGACAGUCUGAUUGUUCAUGAGACGGGCUUUUCAAUGGAGAAAUCCAAGAAAGAUGUGCGCGACAUUCACACUUCAUUCUCCGUCCCCAAGACCGUACAGGACAAUAGCACUCUGUUUGGCCACAUCUUUGUCGGGAAACACGGAGCGCAGCUUGAUCCCUCGAGCCCGGACUACGAUGUCAGACAGGCGUAUCGCAUGAUUCGGCCUUUGACGCAGUACCUGCCGAGAAAGAAAGUCAAGAAGAUGCGGAAUCUCCUGGAAACAAAGAAUGAGACGGAAGCACUCGAGGUAGAGGCAGAAGAGACCGGCGCGUCAGUAGCCUCCUACUACCACCCCAACUUCACUCUGGCGUUUGUUCCCGAUGCUGCGGGAAUCGAAUGGGCUCCUAUGCCGCUUGCGGUCAAGCAGUAUUACAGCCUUGAUGCCCUCAACGAGCGCGACGAUACUGGUACGAAUGGCUUCUUCUACCCCAUCAUCUAUCACAAUACUUUCUGGCAGCUCAAGUCGCACAUGGUCGAGCUCAACUCCACCGUCCCCUUUGAGCGCCUCGACAUGAAUGUUCGCCUCUCCACCCUCGCAGGCUGGCAGUUCACCAUCAUGGCCACCAUGGACGAGAACAUGCGCGAGACGGCACGGAGAGCUGCGGCGGGCGAGUCGACGCCAGGAGGUGGCGACGGCAGCGAAAUGGAACUGAUCAAGGAGACGCUCCUCGACACCAAUCCCUGGCUGCUCGGGACUACCGUCGUCGUGACCGUUUUGCACAUGAUAUUCGAGAUGCUGGCCUUCAAGAGCGACGUGGGCCAUUGGCGGAAGAAGAAGGACAACGUGGGCGUGUCGGUGCGCACCAUCCUGUCGAACGUCUUCAUGCAACUCAUCAUUUUCCUCUACCUCAUUGAUAACAACGACCGCACAUCUUGGAUGAUCCUCUUCGGCCAAGGCGUGGGCAUCGCCAUUGAAGCCUGGAAAGUCACCAAAGCGGUCAACGUGCGCGUCCGCCCUCCUGGCGAGGGCAGCUGGUUCCACGGCUACCUCCCGUACGUCGUGGUGUUCGAGGACAAACACGUGCUCAGCGAGACGGAAGAGAAGACGGAAGAGUACGACAAGAUCGCCUUCUACUACAUGGGCAUCGGCGCGGUGCCCCUCCUCCUCGCCUACGCCGUCUACUCGCUCAUCUACGAAAGCCACAAGAGCUGGUACAGCUUCAUCAUCACCACGCUCGUAGGCUCAGUCUACGCCUACGGCUUCCUCAUGAUGAUCCCAAGCCUCUACAUCAACUACCGCCUCAAAUCCGUCGCCCACAUGCCCGCCAAAGCAAUGACGUACAAAUUCCUCAACACCUUCAUCGACGACCUGUUCGCCUUCACCAUCAAGAUGCCCACGCUGCACCGCCUCGCGACGCUGCGCGACGACCUCAUCUUCUUCGUCUACAUCUACCAGGCGUGGAAGUACAAGGUCGACUACACGCGCGUCAACGAGUUUGGGCAGGGAGGUGGCGAUGAGGGGGUGGAGGAGAAGACGGCGGCGAAGCCGCUUGCUGCGCCGGCAGAGGCGAAGGGGGAUGCUGGGGUGGCGGAGGGGGUUGUUGUGAAGAGUAGUGGAAAGGAUGAGGGAGGGGCGAAGAAGAGGAGGUGA